AUCCAAGAUACAGCAGACAGAGACACCCUCGUAGAUACACAUCCUCCGAUGUUGGCAUUUUGAAUAUAUGGGCGUCUACACUUCUUGACAAAUCCGUGCACGAUCGUGUCUCGACUUGUGCGGCACCGCUUCCUCUGCUCUUUCUCUGUCUCUUAAUCGCGUCUUCAAGCUUGCCUUGAUUAGUACAAGAUUUCUAUAAUGCCACGGAAAGGAACAAAACGCCGCCGUUCUGUAGCGUUUCCCGAAGUCCAGGAAUCCAAUGCUGCUGAAGUAGAUUCCAGUCCGGAGAAGCCUAUUGACAUUACCGACGAUGCAGAAGACGCACAGAAUCAAAAUGACAAUGCUGCUGAAGAUAACAAUGAGGACUGCGACUCUGGAAAUACUGAGAAGGAACAGGAGAUAUGGGACACGUUCAGAGAGGAGUACUUUGAAGUACUUGAGCAGCUGCCUCUUUCCCUACAUCGUUCAUAUGCUCUCAUACUCGAGUUGGACCAACAAGUACACGACUACACUGGCAUUCUACAAACUGCUUUACGAAAGUAUAUCACCAAACGCAAUGCUAUAGCCGCUAAAUUCCAGAAACAGCCCAAGCCGUCCAUAAGUGAACAGGUCGCGCGAGUCCCUGAACCCGCACCAGAUGCUGCAUUGGCUCAGGAAUCGGCAGACGGUGGUGCUGGUCCCUUAGAACAUACCGAUAACGCUCGUGCCGCAAGUCAAGUACGUCAGCCGUCAGUACCGCCACCUCUAGAGGAACCACCCGAGAACACGCGCGAACUACUGACGACGAUAGCGCGAACAUCCGAAGGGGUCGUCCGAGCCUCGAGCGAGAAAGUCAAUGUAGCCAGACACGCAUAUGACCUCAUUGAUAGAUACAUUCGAGAUUUAGAUCGUGCUAUCAAGGAGGAAGAAACCUCUUUAUCUGUUGGCCUUCGUCCGGGCACUCACCCUGCCUCUAUAAUCUUGCCAGAAGUUGUUGUGCCCUCGCUCAAAGGUGCACGAGCUCCACGCCUCACACAGACACCUGUACCUGAAGAGCUUCAACCCGAAAUCCCAGCUCUCGCUGCUGAAGCACCCAAAGAGCCAGAACCAACGCCGAUCGUGGUCGAGGAGACGACUUCAGUCGAACCGACAUCAGUUCCUCCACCUGCCCUGCUGAAGCGUAAAAUUAGGACCUCAAAGAGAGUAGCAGAGGCAGCUGUAGCUGAGGGAAGGGGAAGGAGUUUGGAGAAACCGCCUGAAGAAAAAGAACCGACGGCAGCACCCGUGACGAGGAGUUUGAAGUUGACGGUGCCCCCUUUGGCAUCGGUGGCUCCACAAAUUGAGUUACCUACUGAUCCAAAUGAACCGAGAUACUGCUAUUGUAAUCAGGUUUCUUAUGGACAGAUGAUCGCGUGUGAUAAUGAAGAAGACUGUAAAAUCGAAUGGGUACGUUCCUUCAUAUCCUUGAGUCGGCAUGUAUUGAGACAUGUUUGCCAGUUUCAUUUGGGAUGUGUGGGCGUCACUCGUCCACCGAAGGGAAAGUGGUACUGUCGCGAUUGCGCCCCACGGUUCCAGCACUCAAAAAAGAAAUCGCGAUGAGAAUGCAAGUGGGAGUCUCUGCAGUUUUCUUUUGGUUUAUCAUUUAUGUUGGGACGGACCAUUGUAUUACUAUAGCCAACGUCGAGACGGACGUCUCAGUAACAUUCACACUUUAGCAUGUUGAGCCUUGGAACAGAUACUUAGAAUGAAAACGAUCAGACCACUUAACUUCAAGAAGGCAUAAUGCCUAGAACGAUUGUUAAUCGCUGGAAGCUGGGUCAGGCACAAAGUAACUCGUGUAUUCGUAGUAUGCAGGAUAUACAAUAAGCACGGAGCCAGUCGAUGAGAGUCCUGUUGGUGACUCUAAAGUGAAGGA